UGUGUGUGUUUUCAUGUGUGGGGGGCGGGCACGGUGUCCCAGGAGGACAGAGUUUGCAUUGAUGAAACCCUUCCCAGCCCUUUGAUGCCUCUUUCCCUCUGCCCUGAAGUUAACCAGCUCAAUCCUCCGUGCAUCCCGCUCGCCGGCCGCACUCACUCACGGGCCAGGAUGGCGCUCUGUCUGGCCCUGCGCAUGGCACUGCUGCUCCUCUCCGGGGUCCUGGCCCCUGCGGUGCUCACAGCCGAGGGCCCGCAGGAGCCCGUGCCCACCCCGUGGAACGAGCCCGCCGAGCUGCCGUCGGGAGAAGGCCCCGUGGAGAGCACCAGCCCCGCCCGGGAGCCGGCGGUCAGCGGCCCGCCCGCGCCCACCGCCGCGCCAAGCCCCGAGGACAGCACCGCGCGGGAGCAUCUGGACCAGGGCGGCGGCUCGCUGGGACCCGGCGCCAUCGCGGCCAUCGUCAUCGCCGCCCUGCUGGCCACCUGCGUGGUGCUGGCGCUCGUGGUCGUCGCGCUGAGAAAGUUUUCCGCCUCCUGAAGCGAAUAAAGGGGCCGCGCCGCCGCGCGACUCGGCGCCACCCCCGGUGCGCGCCCCCGUGUC